GUGUGCGGUAUAAUCACGCCAUGGAAUUACCCGCUAAUGAUGGUGUCCUGGAAAAUGGCCGCCUGUUUGGCCGCCGGCAACACAGUUGUCCUAAAACCGGCUCAAGUCUCUCCGUUGACUGCCCUUAAAUUGGCCGAACUAUCGGUUUACGCGGGUUUCCCUCCGGGUGUGAUCAAUAUCCUUCCGGGCACGGGCUCUGUGUGCGGUCAGGCCAUCGCCGACCACCCGCUCGUACGUAAACUGGGUUUCACGGGCUCGACGCCCAUCGGACAGACAAUCAUGAAAUCGUGCGCCGAGUCUAACAUGAAGAGAGUGUCACUAGAAUUGGGCGGAAAGUCGCCGCUAAUCAUCUUCAACGACGCCGAUCUCGACCGCGCCGUACGUCACGCCAUGGGCGCCGUCUUCUUCAACAAAGGUUCGCAUAAAUAUAAACACACUGUCAAUGAGUUUGCGGCCAAUAAUUGUAUGGUUAAAACUAUAGGCGAGAACUGCAUAGCGGCCGGACGUCUAUUCGUCGAGCAGUCAAUUCACGACCAAUUCGUGAGUCGAGUGCUGGAGGAGACCAAGAAGAUCAAGAUCGGCGACCCAUUGGAUCGGUCGACAUCGCACGGCCCCCAAAACCACCGUGCUCAUCUCGAAAAACUGGUCGAAUACGCGCAGAUCGGGGUGAAAGAGGGUGCCAAACUGGUGUACGGGGGCGCGCAGGUGGACCGCCCCGGCCUGUUCUUCACGCCCACUAUAUUCACGGCCGUUACGGACGACAUGUAUAUCGCGCGCGAAGAGUCUUUCGGCCCGAUUAUGAUUGUCAGUACGUUUCCCGACGGCGAUGUGGACGGAGUGUUGCGUCGGGCGAACGCCACUGAGUUUGGUUUGGCCUCCGGAGUGUUCACUCGCGACAUAUCCAAAGCCCUGUACGUCACGGAGAAGGUGAACGCCGGCACCUGUUUUGUGAACUGCUAUAACAAGACCGAUGUCGCGGCGCCUUUCGGUGGAUUCAAACAGUCCGGUUUCGGCAAAGACUUGGGACAGGAGGCCCUCAAUGAGUACCUCAAGACCAAGACUAUUACCAUUGAAUAUUAG